CUGAGGGCAUGGGGGAAGGAGCUAAGGACACUGGGAGACCAGGAAGUGCUGAAGGAAGAGAUACUGGGGGAGACGUAGAAGGAAAGGGGUCUCUAGGAGGGGAGGAAACUGAUAGAGGGAAGUUAGACAGUACAGACAGUACAGAGACUGGGAGACCAGGAGAUGCAGAUAAGGAAGACUUGGGAGAGAACGAAAGGGAAGGAGAGGACACUGGGAGACCAGGAAGUGCUGAAGGAAGAGAUACUGGGGGAGACGUAGAAGGAAAGGGGUCUCUUGGAGGUGAGGAAACUGAUAGAGGGAAGUUAGACAGUACAGAGACUGGGAGACCAGGAGGUGCAGAUAAGGAAGGCUUGGGAGAGAACGUAAGGGAAGGAGAGGACACUGGGAGACCAGGAGGUGCCGAUAAAGAAGGCUUGGGAGAGAACGUAAGGGAAGGAGAGGACACUGGGAGACCAGGAGAUGCAGAUAAGGAAGACUUGGGAGAGAACGAAAGGGAAGGAGAGGACACUGGGAGACCAGGAAGUGCUGAAGGAAGAGAUACUGGGGGAGACGUAGAAGGAAAGGGGUCUCUUGGAGGUGAGGAAACUGAUAGAGGGAAGUUAGACAGUACAGAGACUGGGAGACCAGGAGGUGCAGAUAAGGAAGGCUUGGGAGAGAACGUAAGGGAAGGAGAGGACACUGGGAGACCAGGAGGUGCCGAUAAAGAAGGCUUGGGAGAGAACGUAAGGGAAGGAGAGGACACUGGGAGACCAGGAAGUGCUGAAGGAAGAGAUACUGGGGGAGACGUAGAAGGAAAGGGCUCUCUAGGAGGUGAGGAAACUGUUAGAGGGAAGUUGGACAGUACAGAGACUGGGAGACCAGGAGGUGCCGAUAAGGAAGGCUUGGGAGAGAACGUAAGGGAAGGAGAGGACACUGGGAGACCAGGAAGUGCAGAUAAAGAAGGCUUGGGAGAGAACGUAAGGUAAGGAGAGGACACUGCGAGACCAGGAAGUGCUGAUAUCCAAGAGGGCAUGGGGGAAGGAGAGGACACUGGGAGACCAGGAAGUGCUGAAGGAAGAGAUACUGGGGGAGACGUAGAAGGAAAGGGCUCUCUAGGAGGUGAGGAAACUGUUAGAGGGAAGUUGGACAGUACAGAGACUGGGAGACCAGGAGGUGCCGAUAAGGAAGGCUUGGGAGAGAACGUAAGGGAAGGAGAGGACACUGGGAGACCAGGAGGUGCAGAUAAAGAAGGCUUGGGAGAGAACGUAAGGUAAGGAGAGGACACUGCGAGACCAGGAAGUGCUGAUAUCCAAGAGGGCAUGGGGGAAGGAGAGGACACUGGGAGACCAGGAAGUGCUGAAGGAAGAGAUACUGGGGGAGACGUAGAAGGAAAGGGGUCUCUAGGAGGUGAGGAAACUGUUAGAGGGAAGUUAGACAGUACAGAGACUGGGAGACCAGGAGGUGCAGAUAAGGAAGGCUUGGGAGAGAACGUAAGGGAAGGAGAGGACACUGGGAGACCAGGAGGUGCAGAUAAGGAAGGCUUGGGAGAGAACGUAAGGGAAGGAGAGAACACUGGGAGACCAGGAGGUGCAGAUAAGGAAGGCUUGGGAGAGAACGUAAGGGAAGGAGAGGACACUGCGAGACCAGGAAGUGCUGAUAUCCAAGAGGGCAUGGGGGAAGGAGCUAAGGACACUGGGAGACCAGGAAGAGGAAGUGUAAAUGAAGGGCAGAAGGAUGCUGGGGGGCCAGAAGGGGGUCGUAGGGGAGAGGUGGAAAGGAAGGGGACAACAGUAGGUGAGGGAACUAGUAGAGAUACGUCAGUAGGUUCUGUGUGGGUGAAAGAGAACAUUGGGGAAAAGAAUAAGGAGAAUGGAGCAACAGGAAGUGGAACAGAUGGGCGGGGCUAGUAGGGUUUUUGGAAAACUUUUCAAUAAAUCAGCCUGAAACCCUA